AUGAGCUAUUACCAACAGCAACAUUAUGGGCCGCCGACACCAGCCGCCCCUAUUAACUCUUCAUUCUAUGCGGCCCGCCAACACUUUGAGCAGCAGCCUCAGGCAUCCGUGCUGCCUCCGCAUCUACGUGCAAAUGCACCUGACUAUCGAAAUGCUGCUCCACCACGACAUCCUGCACAGCAAGGACGGAUGGGCGGACAACACCAACCCACCAUGGCUGGACCCAGCCAGGGGCGUCCUGUGCAAGCGCAAGUUGGCCAGCAAUACGCUCGUCCACAGAGUCAGUAUGGUCAAGUACAGCCAUACCAGCCGCCAUAUACACAGACGCAGAUGCAGAUGCAGGGAGCCCCACGUCAGCCGUCGUACAUGCCUCCCGGACAAUAUUCACCUCAGCCGGAAUUUAAUAUGGCACAAUAUACGCAGAGGAUGUAUGGUUAUCCACCCAUUCCUAUGCAACCUCAAAUGAUGUCGCAGCCUAGCCCAGCACGAGCGUUUGCGUUGUAUGAAGCUUACAAUGCUCGAACCCAACAUGCAGCGGCAGCGCAACAGCAGGCGGAGCAGCAGCAGCAGCAGCAGCGACGUCAACCACCAUCGCAAGCGCAGUCGCUGCACCAAACUCCUCAACCUCAAACACCGCAAACACAGUUUGCGCGACCUGUCGUUUCGCCGCAGAUGGCUCCAUCGACAUCGGCUCCUCCAGACCCUAGAUCACCUCAAUCCCAGCCUCAGUCGCCGAGCGGAACGCGUCGGCCUUUGCCUCAGCCAGGACAACAAUCCCGUCCACGACCUAUGUCCAUGCCACCCCAGGCUCCACGGCAGAUACUUGGACCGCAGAAAAAUAGCUAUAACCAUUCACCUUCAGGACCACAAUCAAAUAUAGUACCACAAUCUGUCGGUGUACCUCCGGCAUCUUAUUCAUGCUCUUCAUCUUCGCCUUCAGCACAUCUUCCUUCUAAUCAAGACACGCGUCAGGCAACGGACAUACAUGUUCCUCGUACCCUCAGUCCUGAAAAGAUGCCAGAGAAAUCAUCAGCAGAAACAGAGACUACAAAUAUGCAAAGAACUCCAACACAGCGACGUGCUCUUCCUCCAUCACCAACUGCACCUCCCGAUCUGACUCAGCUUCGAAAUCGCAGGAGUGUGGUAUCUCCAACCCUGUCACCCGUUAAGCCCGUGUCAUCUAACUCGGUACCUCAGCAGCUUACCCAGCAAGCCACGGCACCGUCACAUGUAAUGUCUGAUUCAGAGGAUGAUGAUCGACUAUCUGCUGUCAGUCAAACAGAAAGCCAGACAAGCGAAGUAACUUCUUCACCUCAAUACGGCAUAUUGGACCUCCCGAAUCGAAAUUCUCGUGAUGUAGGUACGAAGGUUACUCCUCAGUCGCCACAGUACGGAAUUAAAGACCUUCCGAAUCGAACUCCGCGUGUUAUCGCUGCGAGGCCUGACCCUCAAUCACCACAAUAUGGCAUAAAAAACCUGCCUACGCGAACGAAGAGUGUUGUCGACAGGCGGAAGGCGUGGGAGCGAGCUGAACAGGGCAUGAAUGAAGCGUUGGCCCGAUCAAAACCUGCUUCACCUACGAAGCAGUCCUUAUCAAACUUAACUCGCUCUACAGCACCAGUACCAGCUCGGUCACCGCAACCUCAAACGCCUUUACAACCGCAAAAACUACCUAUGCCCGUCGUUCGUCAGCCACAACCGUCGCGCACGGAACGAACUCCGUCAUGGACCUUGCCUACUGCUGAUCUUGACAAGGUGAAUGAGAGUAGUGAGAAGAAGACGUCAUUGGCUCUUCGGCUUGCGACGAUGUCCCUUGAAGAGGAGAACGGGAAGACGAAGAGUCAACCAGUUACCCCAACUACUCGGACGGGACGUCCCGUAACGCAAAGGAGUGCUACAUCCCAAUCUACUUCUCCUACGAAACCGUAUCCAUUCCUCGCGAACGGAUCACGACGGAGAGUGAACAUGGAUCUGAGCUUGGAUGAUGCUCCACCGCCUUCCUUGCGUCGAACACCUUCGCCUUCGGCUUCUACCUCGUCUUCCUCAGCACCGUCAAUUCCUACGAUCAAGACGCCAGAGGAUGUCCCUCACAGUUCAGCCCCUUCCAUACCUCAGAUCAGUUUACCAGGCGGCCUUGACCUUGAUGACGUGGUGAAUUCUACUCCCAGUGUGAAAGUGCAUGUGCCAGCCGUUGUGGUGUCGCCUAAGCCCACAAGCCCACGGAAGGCGAACAUACCACUAAUUAAUUUGCCUGGCAAUGACGAGGACCUCAAUAGUUCUGGUCCAGCGAUUUCAGUAUCAGCUCCCUCGCCGUUGGCACAUGCUGUAUCAAUGCCGGUUAUAUUAGAUGACCUGGCGAACCCAGCCUCCCAGACGAAUUCACGAGGACUGCCAAAACCGCCGGACGGUGAUGGACAAAUUCCUAUGAGUUCGAGUUCAAGCCGUUCCAGGGGUGGCGGGUUGGUAUGCGGCGGUUGCCACGAGAGUAUUAUCGGGCGCAUCGUGAGCGCGAUGGGACUACGAUGGCAUCCACAGUGUUUUAGGUGCUGUGUUUGUGGCGAACAUCUUGAGCAUGUAAGCUCGUACGAGCAUGAGAGCAAGCCGUAUUGUCAUCUUGAUUAUCAUGAGCUCUUUGCCCCGCAAUGCUACUCCUGCAAGACUCCAAUCAUCGACGAGCGGUUCAUCACACUCGACGACCCAGCGUUAGGUAAACGCACCUACCACGAACAACAUUUCUUCUGUGCAGAAUGCGGAGAUCCGUUCCUCGCUCCGUCUCCAGCCAAAUCAUAUUCAAAACGCUCAGGCCCAAAUGAGAUUAAUAUCAAGGGAGAUGGAGCGUUUGACGUUGCUCUGGAUGAAGACGGGGAAGAAGUUGGGUUUACUGUGUUUCGAGGACACCCGUAUUGCGAGGCUUGUCAUGGAUGCCAGAAACCAUUCGAGGAGCCGUCGUUCUUCCAACGGGAUAAGAAACCGUUUUCUUUCAUUGUGUCCUUGGGUAACCCUGCCUUUUAUCGUUAUCAUCGAGAGCCAUAUACUGGUGGACCUAAGAGUAGCUGGGGAACAGGGUUUUUGAAGAGGAGCGUGUCAUAG